CACGAUACUCGCUUUUGUUACUCCCAUAUCAGCCCGCCUUAUUUUUUUUCCAUCUCCAGUACAGUUCUCGACUCAGUCACUACGAUGUUCGGCCGUCGGCGAAGACCAGUUCUCGGCGCCGCCGUACUCGUCGGCGCAUCCAGGAUGGCUGCUAGACGUGAAGUACAGAGGCAGGCCAUGAUGGAUUCUCAGCGUGAGAUGGAUAUACAGCGUGAAGUUGAUAUGCGGAGGCUCCAAGAGGCGGAGAUGGAACAGCGAACACAGCGCGCUGUCGACGAAGCGAUGAAAAAGGCGGCUGCGGAAAACGCAGUUCCUCAACAGGAUGCCGCUGUGAUGGUGUCGCCGCCUCCCCAGCAAAUCUACCAUACCCCAUCACCAAUGCCAAUGCAAAUGCAAUCGCCGCCCGGACAGCCCUACGCACUGGCACCAAACAUGGUGCCUGGCAUUCCGCCGGAGCAGAUGGCUCGAGUCCCGUCUCCGCAGCCGCCAGCAUACUCCUCAGAGUAUCUACCACAAGAUAGGCCGAAGAGUGCGCAGGGCAUCGGCUCUGCCGCACCAGCUACAGAGUCAAAUGUUCGAUAUUGUACAGAAUGUGGCUUCGGUUGCCAAAUUGGAGAUAAAUUCUGUAGUCGAUGCGGCGCAAAGCAGGCCACUUAGGCUCAGGUUAACGCGACCGGCUUUUUAUUCGUUAUUCAUUUGCUUCGGAGUAUGAAUGAGACUUUGAUCACGGCGAUUGUUAUUUAAACAAGGGAGGUGGAUUGACUAUUAGUAGCAGCAAUGCUAUGUCUUGAGCUAUUUGAAUUGGACUUUAAUGUAUGUUUCUUGAUGAAUAUGCAGCUUCAAAACGAAUGACUUCUCAUUGACAUAGAGAGAAAUACCGGACUCCAACAAAAUGGUAGUCAAUCUUCGUUCAUUCGGUUGGUUGCAUGGUUGUGUUGAUCAUAUUUCCGUUCUAAGCAAUGUAUUUUGCAUAAAUUUGCUGCGUAUUACAAUAUAUUUCCGCUCCGC